UCCGCAUUGUUGUUGCAUUUGGAUUGUCAAUUGCAAUUUUACUUUAUGCUUCCACUCAAUUAGUCAGUCUGCUAGACAAAAAUUUUCUUGUAGUAAUAACGGAAGAAGCUAUCAUUCCUCCAGCAAUGCCAGGGGUAUUUCUAUGUGCUUCUAAUUUGCCAUUCGCUACUUAUACGUGCAACUAUAACUUUAUGAGUUUUAUUCCUACCAGUUAUGGUACUAUUUAUGACUUUCCACCCUUCCCAUGUGAAGAAUCGAACAACUCAAGCUGCAUAAAAUUUUGGUUCAAUUCAUCGUUUAAAACUAAUUUUGACAUAGUUUUAAUGAGUUUUAAUAUUACUUUAGCACCUACGUUAUCCACAUCUAAUGCUUCAUUUAAUCUAUCUGAGUACUUGUUCCCACAUCUGCCUUUCAUAUCAGAACUUGGUCCAUCACCCAAAUACGAUCCAUCAUUUGUAAAUUUUUCAAAAAUUG